AUGUCGUCGCUUUUAAGAUCUACGAAAUUUGUGCGAUACUUCACUGGUGCGGCCCGUACGCUUAUCCUAAACUCUGCCAAGACCGCUGAAACUACUACUUUAAUCAAUCCUAAAGCUUUAUGUGCUGCCAAUAAUGUUCUUAUGAGAGAUUAUGCAACAAAAAAGAAAGAAAGCCUAGAACCAUUAUUACAAAAAUUGGAUGCUGAAGUUCGAAGAUUCGGAAGAAUAACCAAGAAGGAUAUUGACGAAGUAUUUGAUGAAAUUAAAUCGAAAAAUGACAUUACAAGCUCACAGUCCCUCCUGGUUAUUAGAUGUUGUGGUGAGCUUGUACCAGAGGAGUUGCCAGAACAGAGAACACUUUUGGUCCAAAAAAUAUGGAGUGUGCUCAUUGAAAGAGGAAUACCUAUGGAUAUUUCUCACUAUAAUGCUUUAUUACGAGUAUACAUUGAAAAUGAGCAUCAAUUCUCCCCUGCUAAAUUCCUUGAAGAAUUGGAGAGAAAAGGAUUGCAACCUAACAGGGUAACAUACCAAAGGCUCAUGUGGCGUUACUGCCAGGAGGGUGAUGUAGAGGGAGCCACAAGAGUGUUAGAAAAGAUGCGCGAACUAAGCAUGCCUGUGUCGGAACCUGUACUGAAUGCAUUGGUAAUGGGACAUGCAUUCCAUGGUGAUACCGAUGGAGCUAAAGCAGUUUUACAGACCAUGGCUGGGGCUGGACUUGAACCCUCUAACCGUACAUACACAUUGCUUGCAUGUGGACAUGCAAAGAAAGGUGACAUCGAUGGAAUUCAAGAAAUAAUCAAAACUGCAAGUGAAAAAGAAACACAACUUACAGACCGGGACCUCUUGGAAGUCAUUGAGCAUUUAGCUGUAAGUGGACAUGGAGAUAAAGUGGAACAGGUUAUUUCCCUCUUGCAAAAAGGUGUAGGAUACAAUCAAGAUGUUUGUAAUGUUAUACUUAGAUUACUCAAUAAGGGACAAGAACUAAUUGCUAAAACAAUUAUGAAAACCAUGCCAAAAUCCACCACUAUAGAAGAUACUCCAUUUAAAGGAGCAUUCUUUGUAAAGCAGCUGCUAAAACUUAACAAACCUGCUGAUGAAGUUAUUAAAACAUGCAAAGAACUUCAGGAAGAAGGGCUUGUGCCAAAAGCUCUAUUUAUUGCAGCUGAAGGAUCACUGCAACUUGGCCAAGCAGAAUUAGCAUUGAAACUAUUUAAAGAACUAAAACAAGAAGGGAUGGAAAUCAGGCAACAUUUCUAUUGGCCUUUGUUAGUUCAGAAAACAAAAGAAAAUGAUGAAGAGGGUCUAUUGCAAAUUUUAAGAGAAAUGAGCAGCAAUGACUUUACAGUUACUGGAGAAGCAUUAAGAGACUAUGUUAUCCCUUACUUGAUAAAAAAAGAUUCUCCACAGAAUGUCAUACUUAAACUUCAAAUCGCAAACGUACCGACAAUACACGCAGCAAGAAAUCUAAUGGUCGAACUUUUGGAUUCUGGCGACAUAAAAGGUGCAGCGGAAAUUGGUCUGCAAUAUAGACCUAGGGGCAACUACUCUCUUGUUGCUAGGUCCCUCAUCAAUGCAGUAAAUAAGACAAAAGACGUGGGAUCUUUUGCAAAAAUUCUUCAUGUUAUAAGUAGUAAACCUUCUUCCCUGGGUGAAGAUGUUGCAGCCAACAAUGAGGAAAGUCAAAGUGAUGAAAAUAGUGAAAUUCAUGAAGUUGGCCGCAUUGUAAAAGCGUCUGUCAAGGGUUUGGGGAAACCAGACUUGGUAGAAGCACUUUUAAGAAGUGUCGACUCUAAAGGACUGAGAAUAACAACUGAGGCUGCAGAAUCCAUAGAACAAUUUUUAGGAGAAAAUAUGACUAAGGAUUUGUCACAACUAUUAACCAAGCUUUCGACAACUGAGAUGGAGCUGGUUCCGAUUGAGAGUACCCGUAAACCUGGAGGACCUCGCACUACCGCUCAAAUGGAAAAUCAACUUGCACAAUUGAAAAACAAAGGUGUCAAUAAUUUAUCUCGCAUACAGAAACAGCUACUCGUUGCUUACAUUAAAGAUAAUAAUGUUACAAACAGGUUUGAUGAAGCUGUAGAAACUUUGGAAAACCACAAACAUGAAGAUAAUGCAUCAGGUUUUAUGAUAAAUUCCAAAUGCUGGCAAAUGCUAAACACAUUAGCUGAACAAAAAAAUGAUGCCCACGUAAAACAAAUGACAAAGACGCUGAUAGAUAACAAAUAUAUUGAGCCUUCGAAUAUUAUUUUGGGACCUUCAAUCAAAGUACACCUACUGCAAAAUGACAUAGACAGUGCUUUGAAAGAGUUUGAGAAUUGCUGCAAACAGUAUAGGAGUACUCCUUGGAAGGGAGAACUGAUGAAGUCAUUGAUUAUGAAGGAGGAUGCUACUAAACUUCAGUGGUUAGCUGACCUCAGUACUCAGAUUCAUGGAGAAGUAAACAUCCUUCAUGACUUGGUGCUCGCAUUCGUUGAGUGUGGCCGCUUGCGCCAGGCGCGUCGUAUCCUCGAGACGCCCGGACUACAAACUCGACACCGCCGCUUAGAUGACGCUUGCCAGAGAUACGUAGAGGACGGAAAAUCCGAGUACCUCGAAGGUUUGCUCGAAGCUACAAGAGAAUUGUCCAAUGUUGACCGUAGUAACAUUUUCUACCACCUUCUCGUUACAUACUGCAAAGCCAAUGAAACUGAUAAAGCUCUGGGUCUUUGGACACUUCUGCAAGAAGAAGGCGAAGUACCCAGCGACCAGUUCCUUACACACCUUGGCAAUCAUUUAAUAGCGAAGAAUAGAGAAGUACCAUUCGUAAUACCACAAGUUAAUACAGGUACUCCUAAAAAGAGUAAAAAUGAAGGUGAUGUUGUGGAGAAGAUCGAUGGACAGUACUCGCAAGCACUCGAUGUAGCUAUGAAGUCUAUUGAACAUGGUGUGGUACCUAAGACCGGCGUUAUGAAAUUCUUAUUGAAAUCUUUGGCUGAAGAAGGAAAUGUAGAAAAGAUACAACAGUUGGGCAAAUACAUAAACGAUUCAUUAAAACGCCGCGUGACCUACGAUGACAAAUUGACCCUGGCUGUGUUCAAAAGAGGCGCUGGAUCACAACAUAUUGAUAAUGUACUCGAAUCAGUUAAAGCUGCUAAGUCCGAAGAGGAAAUGGAAAAUGCGCUUCGAAAGUAUCCUAGAAGUAGCGCACUUGCAACCGUCGUUCAGGAUAAUGAACUCACUGAAAGUGCAAACAAAUAG